AAUCCGAAACGUCUGUCGAAUAUAUACUUGUAUGUAUUUAUUUAACAACAUCACACAAACAAAAUUGUCCUUUAAAUGUAAGAAUCUAGUGCGAAGGACUAUCGGACGAUCGAUUGGUACGAUUUGCGUUUACAUUUUGCCCAUGUAUAAACGCUAAAUACAACGAAAGCGACGUUAUCGCAUUGAAACCAAGCACAAGAUUCGGACAUCGUGGCACAUAGACAUCGAGGAUCAGACUUUUAACAAGUGACGACCAUCGACAUAGAUCCCAGGAUGAACCAGCUACUUGUAUUGGAUGGCGACUUCGAAGCUCAACUGCUUCGCCGUUCUAAACAUGCUAAUGAAGUGGGCAAAAGUUUCAUGUUACAAGUUAUCACGUCUGAGCCGUACUCCGUGUUGCAAACGCAUAUGGACUUUUUGCGUGCUGGCGCCCAGUUAAUAAGAACCAACACGCACCGAAUAUCCACAGGCUCUAUCGGGACACAUAUGAAUCUUGAUUCGACUGAGGUUAAGCCGAUGGUAGACAUGGCCGUGAAUUUGGCUAAAAAGGCCAUAAUGAAGUAUCUCCAUGAGGUGCACGAUCAAAAGACCAGUGUCGAACAGUACAACUUCUCUUCCCGACCUAUUCUGGCUGGCUGUUGCGGCAGUUACAAUGCUACGCUUUUCGACAAUGUAUUUGAUACUUGGAAGCUCACGGAGUCACUGUCGCUAAAUUACCUGUCAUGGUUUCAUCAACAGCGUAUGCAGGUAUUACUGAACGCCAAUGUCGAUCUGUUGACAUUCGAAUCUAUACCUACUUUGAGGGAAGUCGAUGCGAUAAUUACAGUAUUAAAGCUGCACCCAACAGCUCGCGCUUUGAUCACGUUCUUAUGCACGGAGAAUGGGAAACUGUUGGACGGAAGUAACUUUGCGGAUGUAGCUGUACACUGUUACAAUUCCCUGACCAAUCAGAUCUUCGCGAUCGGCACUGAGGCAAACAAUGCAAUUGCAGACUGGACGCUGCAGGUGAUGAAAAACAUCAACUACAACAGAGAAGAUAAGAUUCCUUUUGUGCUUUAUGUUAGCCAAAGUCAAUUACAUACCAUGUGGGGCGAAGAUAAAUUCAGCUUGUCGCAGCAGCACAAUUACGUGCAGGAUUGGUUGGACGCCGGGAUAUGUUGCAUUGGUGGCGGAAGCAAUACGGUCGCACAGGACAUAAGGAUGAUUUGCAAGGAAGUAAACAAUUACUGUAUCUACACAAAUAGAGCAUUUGCAUCAGACAAAGGAUCCUGCCCAGUCUACACUCGAAUUCAGAAGAAUUUAUCGAGGCUAUAAUAAUAAUAAAUACUGACCUUUAUAUUUACCUAAUUUAUAUGUACAUGACAGGAUCGGUAUAUUUGUAUGAUGUCGCAUAGUUAUUAACGGGUUCGUUGGAAGAACUGAAGGCUAAUCUAAUGAAACAUAUAAGUAUACUUCUCUGAUUAGUUAUGUAAAAAGAGUAUAUCGUAUAAAUAUAACAUAUAAUUAGUAUAAUCUAGAUUGUAUGCAACGAAUAAAUCUACUCUAAUAACGUAAGAGUGAUCGUGAUAUUGCCAUUAUAAAUAGCUGUUCGACAAUCGCUAUUAAGCAAUUGUUUAUUCCGAUAAAAGCAAUAUUCAUUCCAUGUUUUUAUUUCUAAUC